GGAGAAGAAAAAAAAAUCACACAAAGAAGACAAACACAGGAUUGUGGGAAAUCUCGCACCUUGCGAAAUGUAGGCUACAUGCACAAAUUUGAACGGAAUAUUACAUAUUUAUCGACUUUAAUUUCGAUCAAAAUGUCUAAACUACAGUUGUUCAAUGCGUAUCUGACUGAACGAUUAACAGCAGCGGCUGCGGAGAUAUCAACGGCAGUAGAGAGAACGAUAACGGAUUACCAGGAAGAGAACGAACGUCUGCGACGACUACUUGAUUUGUUAACCAAACCAAAGUUUCAUAGAGCAGAUCCCCAGCAACUCACUCUCCUUGUAUCUGAAGAGGAGGAACACUGUGAGCAGGAGUGGAGCCCAAGUCUGGAGCAGGAGGACCCAGAGCCCCUACACAUUAAAGAGGAACAGGAGGAAUUCAGGACCAGUCAGGAGGAAGAGCAGCUUCAAGGGCUGGAGGCUGACACCAAAGACUCCACAUUCACUCCUGCCUGUAUGAAAAGUGACUGCAAUGAUCAGGGCCCACCUCAGCUCUCACAUCAUUACCAAACUCAAACUGUGGAGAACAAGGAGAAGCACUCUAUACCCACCAACACAAUUGAAGAGAUCAAAACAGAACCUAAUGGACAGGACUAUGGAGUACCAGAACCUACUGGUGACUCUCAUCCCCUCUCUGCAGUAAAUCCUGGUUGUUCUGCAGCUCAGAGUGAAGCCAAUGACAAUGGGAUGGAAAGUGAAGAACAACUGCCAGGAUCUACACUACUCGAAUCAACUAGAACGUGGGUAAAACAAGGACAAAGCUCCCAUACCAGUACUGAUGACAAGACAGCCACACAGUUGCCCCAAUUUAAAUCCCUCAAUCAAAGACAUUCUGUUCCUUUUUCUUGCAAGGUGUGUGGAGAGACUUUUGUUUUCAUGGGGCAUUUCGUCCAUCAUGUGCGAGAAACACACACAAAGAACCAAGACUACAUGUGUGGUGUGUGUGGAGAAGACUUUGAGUCCACAGAAUGUAUGAUCGAUCACCUACAAACUCACACUACAGAAAUAUAUUAUUGUGACGUUUGUAGCAAACGCUUCACCUUUGAGUCUCAUCUGAAACAACAUAUGUUGGUUCACACUGGGGAGAAACGAUAUCAAUGCAAAGAAUGUGGCAAAUGCUUCAUUCAUAGUGGACAGCUGAAUACACAUAUGAAGAUUCACACACGGGAGAAAUUGUAUCAGUGCAAAGAAUGUGAAAAAUGUUUCCCCAGUAAGCAUAACCUGGACAGACAUAUGGUGAUUCACAUAUAUUCUAAUCUGAAAAUGCAUAAGACUCACACAGGAGAGAAACGAUAUCAAUGCAAAGAAUGUGGGAAAUGCUUCCUUCAUAAGGGACACCUGAAUACCCAUAUAAGAAUUCACACAGGAGAGAAACCAUACCAAUGCAACGAAUGUGAGAAAUGUUUUGGCCGGAAGGAAAACCUAACCGCACAUAUGAGGGUUCACACAGGGGAGAAACCAUACAAGUGCCCUGUAUGUGGAAAAUGCUAUAGCACUGCACAAGUUCUAAAAUUGCAUCAACUUCAAAGUCACUAUCUAGGUUUCCAUCCAAUUGGUGAUGGAUUUUCAUGUGAAUAAUCCAUAUAGAAUGAAUAUGGCCAUUUCAUCACCAGAGGUGUGUUUCCAUCCAACUGAAUUGUUAGCAGAUAAAAUGCUGUGUGUGAUGUAGAUAACUUAAGAGCAAAAGUGCUUUUAUGUUUUCAUAUACCAAAUAAAUGUUUCCAUUGCAUUUUUCAACUCUACGAAUGUUUUUGUCACAAACUGUUGAGAUAAAUGGUAUUACUUGCCCAAUCUGGUUUUGGCACAUGCUCUAUAAACAACAGUCUGCUGAUUUUUAAAGUGGACGAGGUAGGUUAUAUGAUGAGAUAUUGAUUGUUAUAAUUGGCAGCCAUCAAGUCACCAGCAUCAUUGGACAUUUGCAAUAGGCUACAACAUCAUUGACUCGGAAGUUUAAUGCGUCAUGGUGGUUUUUCCACCGCAAUUGUUGCGUGAUCAACUUAAUCGACCCCUCCCCCCCCCCCAAAAAAAAUAAAUAAUAAUAUCCCACCUUGUCUAGUGUAUUAAGUGUAGUUGACAUUAGGAAGUUUUACAGACAAAUUAGUGGUUUUCAAAAGGCCUGUCGUGACUUUUUUAUUUUUUUAUGCAUCAGGUCAUUGUCCUGUAGAUCACUUCAUUAUUCCUUUUUGUUUAAAAAGCUCUACUGUGCGAAUUUCUGACUUAGCCAACUUUUCUGUUAAAACAUGAGAAAUCAAACCUGUUCACAAGGUUGGUUAACUCUUGAGGUUCCUCGGGUCUCCACCGAACUAGGUGAAUCCGCUUUUAGUUUUAAAGCACCUCGUUGCUGGAACCAACUACAAAAUAUAUUACAAUUAAUUGGAUGUUCUGGUGCCACUUGGGCAAUUCAAAAUAUUGAUUAGUGACUGUCUUAUUGAGGAAUGUCAUGUUUCUUUUGUCUUGAAUAUUUGUGUUGUGCUGUAUUUUACUGGUUUUAUAUUGUAUUUGAUUUGUAUUAUAAAUUGUAUAUGCAGGGCUCCUUUGGAAAGAGACCCUGGUCUCAAUGGUGACUCCCUGCUUAAAUAAAGGUAAAUAAGAUUCAUCAGCAUGAAAUGGUUGGAUGAAACCUGGUUACUGUGAGGAAUGUUCACAUUGGUAUGUAGUAGGACUACACAUACUAGUGCCUUUUUGAGUAGUGCUUUAAUCCCAAAUGGUGACAAGCGAAAACCAUCACACUUUCCCGGGCCUUGUGGUUAGAAGUAUUUUUCUUUGGUGGUGCUAAGCACAUACAAUCUAAAAUCAAAAAAUGAAAUAGUCUGAAUGGGGGGGUGGGGGGUACUUUGUUUAUUAAUUUGUGUUAGUUUAUAGCAAAAAGUGACCUGCCCAAAUGUUACGUCAUGGUCCCUUCUUUAGCUUGGAGGCUGCUGAGGCGAGGCGGCUCAUAAUAAUGUCUGGAACGGAGCUGAUGGAAUGGCAUCAAACAUAAAUGUAUUUGAUAGCGUUCCACUGAUUCCGCUUCAACCAUUACCAUGAGCCCAUCCUCCCCAAUUAAGGUGCCACCAACCUCCUGUGUUGGAGUGUUUUUCAAUCAGAAGGAAUGAAUGGCCUUUUCCAAAUGAACACAUCAGAAAUGUGUUGAUUCCUGUAUAUUUCGUUUUUCCAUGACGACCUACUCAGGAUUUACUCCAAAGUAGAUAUUUUAAGGAGAUCCAAAUAAAAUAAAAUCCAUUAAACUUG